GAUGUUGAGACCGGUGCUGCAAACAUGCACACAUUCUCACUUUCUUCUAUUACGUUGGAGGGACAUAGACAGAUUUUCAUUCUGAUUACUUCACAUCAUAUGGCGAGAUAGGGAACCUAAAGAAGAGGUACAUGAAGGUCUUCCUCUGUAUUGACAAGCAACAUCAAAAGCUCCACAAAAGGAAGGUCAAGAGUAGUUGACCUUUGACCAUCACAGGUGGAUGUGCACUUCAUGAGCUUAGGAUCACAAAGGCAUUCUGGGAAUGGAUGUCAAGGGCAAGGUGCCAAGACGAUGGGAGGAUAUAGCUGCCAAAAAGAAGUCUGGCACAUCCCUCAACUUAGUGCAAGGGGUUUCUCGACACCUGCGUGACGAGCAGGAAGCUGUGCAGAAGCGAACGUUCACAAAAUGGAUCAACUCUCAUCUAGCAAAGCGUAAUCCUCCUUUAGUGGUCUCUGAUCUCUUUGAAGAUGUGAAAGACGGAGUGAUGUUGUUAGCUCUUCUUGAAGUCCUGUCUGGUCACAAACUGCCAUGUGAACAGGGCCGCAAGCUGAGGAGGAUCCACUGGGUUGCUAACGUGGGAAGAGCACUGAAGUUUCUGGAGGGCAGGAGGUCGGCCUACAGAGGAUCUCCGAUUAAAUUAGUUAACAUCAACACAACAGAUGUGGUAGACGGCAGACCCUCGAUUGUGCUUGGGUUGAUAUGGACCAUCAUCUUAUAUUUCCAGAUAGAGGAGCUCACCAGCCAUCUACCAGCCCUACAACCUCAAUCUAGCAGCAAUUCAUCAGUGGAAAGCUCCAACAGCACUGAGACCAGCAGCCCACCUGUCAAACGCAAGCCCCGCCUUUCUUUUCAGGGUGGGGCCAAGAGAGCCCUUCUCAAAUGGGUGCAGACCACAGCAACAAAGAGACUGGGUCUGGAUGUGAAGGACUUUGGUCCCAGCUGGCGCACAGGGGUGGCUUUUCAUGCUGUCAUCUUUGCUUUGCGACCCCAUCUGGUUAACAUGGAACGUGUUUGGAAGAGACCCAACAGGGAUAACCUAGAAGAGGCCUUCUCUUUGGCUGAGAGAGAACUGGGCAUCCCACGAUUACUUGAUCCUGAAGAGCUGAUUUCUUGCUCCCCCGUGGAGAGGUUUGGGGCAGAUCCGUACAAUGGAGGAGAGGAACUCUGCAAACAGCAUGAGUGCAAAAGGGAGCAGCGUAAGACACUGAGGGAGCUGAAAGCGUGGGCAGAUCAGUUGGAGAGAGACUGUACUCAAGCCCAGAGGGAUGGAGGAAGUCUCGCUGUGCAGUACCAGACAUUCAAGCGUUAUCGUGUACAGUUUGAGGUGCAGAGAAGACAAGUGGAAACAUGCAUUCAGUCCACUCAGAAGGACGACAAGCUGACUGCAGAUCAGGCUCUGGUCAAACAGGCCUGGGAGAGACUGUCUGCAUGGUUUUUGGAGUGGCAUCUACAGCUGGAUAGUGGUUUGCCUCAUCCUUUGGGUGAAGUUGGAGUGUGGUUACAUCAAGCAGAGAAGAUCCUACGAGAGGAACUGGUCCCUCAGCAAGCCCAUGACGAGACCGCCAAAGCCAUUCACAAAAAGCGACUACACGACCAGGAGAUCUUAAGGCUUCUUGAAAGACACAAGCAGACCUUGCAGUUAAUACACAGAGACAGAUGUGUUAAUAAUGUCCCCAUUCCCAUGGAACAACUGCAAGACAUGGCAGAGAGAUUAAACUACAUAUCUACCUCCUCCCAUGUUCACUUGAGCAAACUGGAAUUCUGGGAGACAAAAUACUCUAUGCUGGCAUUUUUGACACUAGCUGAGUCCAAGCUCAAAUCCUGGAUAAUUAAAUAUGGCCAAUUGGAAUCAAUGGAGCUUUUGCUACAAAGCUAUGGUUCUUUUGUGGAGGGGCAGCAGUUCUUUGAGAAGUAUGAAUCCAGCCACCAGGCUCUUAUAAACGCUGCUGAGCUCUACAUUAAAGCAGACAGCUCAGUUGAGGGAGGGGUAAAGCUCUUCCUGCGAGAGGUGUCUGAUCAGUGGAGGAGUCUGUCGGUGGAGGUGCGAAGCGUAAGGUCUAUGCUGGAGGAGGUGCAGUGUAACUGGCUGCGGUACAACAGUUGCGUGACUUCAUUUCAAGCCUGGCUGGAGGAUGCUCAGGGGGCUCUUAGACAACCUGAGAACACCAAACGGGAGUUUUUUCGUAAUCUUCCACACUGGAUGGACCAGCACGCUGCUAUGAAUGAUGCAGGAAACUUUCUGAUUGAGACCUGUGAUGAAACAGUGACACGUGACAUAAAGCAUCAGCUCCUGCUUCUCAAUGGAAGAUGGAGGGAGCUAUUUCUGAAGGUCAAACAGUAUGCUCGUCUUCCUGAGACUCAUAAUGUGAGGAUGCACCAGGAUGUCAGCUUAGACAUACAAGAGUUUCUGGACACUUUCAUUACCAAACUUUCCUCGCCGCUUCAAGUGUCAUUGUUGGAUGUCAAAGCCUUUAUGCAGGAUGUUGAGGACAUCAAGCACAGGCUGCCUGGUGUGGAAGCACAAUAUAAGGCAGCUGCUCGCUCUGCACAGCUUCUGGCCAAAGACUCUGUUCAUGGUAGCGGAACUAAAGCACUUUCUUCUAUAACAACCGCAGAAGCACAGCUCCAUCAGCUGAAAGAAAAGUGUACUUUAAUUCUGAGGGAGUGCCAGGCUCUAUUUCCUCUGUUAGAGGAGUUAGAGAAACAAAUCUCAGCUUUCUACCAGACAGCGGAACAUGCUGGACACAUCAUCACACAGCAACACAACCAGGAAAUGUGCCAGGAGCUACAAACUCAGCAGCAGAUCUGCAAGCGUUGUGUUUGCGCUAUGGAGCGCAGUUACCUGUCCCUACAGAGGGCGCUGUGCUGUGCGAAAUCUCUGCACAAUUUUGACAUGUCAUUCCUGCAGAACAGAGUAACCGAGAUUCAGACCACUGCACAGGCUCUAAUGCAGGAGGCUUUAGAAUGGAGGCAGGUGGCAGAGACUAAUGGCAACCUCAUGCGGAGAUAUGAAGAGUCUCGUGCUGACCUGGAGAAGGCGCUGUGCGUGGGCCAGGCCUGUUUAAAGGAAAGGGGAGAACCAGAUGAGCUGUUCCUCAAACAUAAUGAGUUCUUUGGGCGACUGGACCAGCACAUUUUAAGUUCUUAUUUAAAGGCGUGUGAUGACCUCACUGAUAUCAUCUCUGAGGAAGACCAACAGAGUCUGCGGGAGACAGUCAGACGACUGCACAAGCAAUGGAAGGACAUUCAAGCCGAGGCCCCAUCCCAUCUGCUCAGACUCCGGGUGGAAACAGAGAGGCGUUUGGUGAUGGCCAUGCUACAGGAGUGUCGGAUAGAGCUGAAAAGGGAGGACAAGGCCCUGCUCACAGCCGGCAGUGAAAGAAUGAUCAAAGAGCACAGGGCCUUUUUCAGGCAGAAAAACCCUCUUUCUGCUUGUGAGAAGCGACUAAAGACAAUGGAGCAUCUCUGUCAGGAUCUUCCAGAGAACGACAUGGGCCAUCAAAUGCUGGAGGAGACCAGAGAUCAUCUUUCGGAGGUCAGGGGUUUAGUAGAACGAACACACUUGAAACUACAACAGCACCCAGAUAAAUGGAGAGAGUGGCAUGCCAGGUUCAGUGAGCUAUCUGGAUGGCUUAUUUCCCAGCAGACGUCUCAGAGUGAUGCUGAAAUCUCCUCUGUCCAGAUGCAGCGUUGGGCGGUAAAGGCUCAGGACGAGACUCUGGACUGGCUCAAAGCUCGUCUCGCUGUCCUGGAGGACAUAAGUCCUGAGAGUGAGGUUCACACUCAGAGAGCUGCUCUUGAUAAACUCUCACAACAGUUUUCUGCACUGCUACUGUCUCUGUCUGAGGAUGUUCCUGUUGCAGUGGCCAAUGAAGGGACCAUAAAGGCUGGAGAGGAGGUGAAGGAGGAGGUAAAUGAUGAGGAGGUGAUCCAGACACAGGAACACAGAAGAAUACUGAACGCAGAGAAUGUAACAGAGGCCAAACAGCUGCUCCUCAUUCACCAGCAAAAUAUGAAAACCCAGCAAAAAAAAGAGCCAGAUCUCCGUUCUCGAGGUAAUUUCUGUAAAGAAGACUGGGCAGCUCAGGAGAAACACCUGCAGGUCACUGUGAGUGCAUGGCAGGAGUUUGACCUGGAGAGAGAGGCCAUCUGGCAGUUUGUGUGUCUUGUCAGUCCUGUCCUGCAGAGGGAGCUCAUCUUCAGCAGCCUGGACAACCUCAAGAUUGAAAUGAAAAAUGUUAAAGAGCUUCAUGAGCAGGGUAACAUGUUUGGUGUAAGAGCUGAGUCCCUGGUGAAGAAGGCAGCAGAUAUUAAACUUGGUUCUCAGAAUCAGUCUUUACUACAGGAUCAGGCCCAGUCCACAAAAGAGAGGCUGCAGGAGAUACAGGCCAGCUUCAGGAAAAUCUUGUCAGAUCUGGAGAUGAUGCACAGAUGGUGGCAAGGUUUCAGCCGUGAGUCUGAGGCUUUCUUCUCUUGGGUCUGUGAUAGUAAGAAGGAGCUUGAUGCUUUCAGCAGAACCUCUGCCAACCUGGAUGAGCAGAUACACACUGUGGAGAUGCUGAAGGAGGGCUUAGAGGAGAAGAUGGACUUCUUUAGCCGAUUGGAGGCAGAGUUUCAUACCUUAAUUCAUUUCGUCACGCCGAAUGAGGCAGGGCGAAUUAAAGCACGUCUGAUGCAGAUUGGAAGAUACCGGGAGGAGUUUAAGAACAGUGUGGAGCAAAGGGAAGCAGAGCUUCACUCUAGCUUGAAAAAUACAAAACAUUUUAUCCAAGAUCUCAAUGAGGUGGAAGGUUUCCUGACUGGCCUACAGGAAAAACUGAACGUACCAGUUACCUCAUGUACAUCAGCAUCAAUGACAUAUAAAACUCUCCAUGAACAUAUGGAUGUAGUGCAGCAUCUACAGCAGCUGGGGCCCAGGCUGAUGUCUCUGAGUCUGGGCUGGAGGAGGCUGUCUGAUGGCGGACGGCUGGAGAAAGCUGUAGCUGACCUUCAGCAAGCUCACAAAUUACAUACCCAGCAAGCCACUGAAAAACAAUCCAAACUGGAAAACCUGUUGACUCUGUGGCAAAGAUAUGAGAGAGAUCUCUCACUUUUGCAGUCCUGGUUGAACAGGUGCGAAUCUCUAUGCAGUUCAGAUUCUCCGUACCUGACCACAGACAAUGUGAAGCUACACAGCCAGCUUCAGAUGCUGCAGGACAUGCAGUCAGAAGUUCCCUCUCAGGAGGCUUUGUUGGAAAGUUUGGAGACCCGUGCAGAGUCUCUGUACUCUUUGACCUCAGAGGAAAGGACCUCAGAGCUUAGAGAUCUUCACUGUAACCUGGAGGAGAGGUGGUGUUCUCUCAGUACCAGUAUACCACUCAGGAUUCAAGAACUUCAGUCCCAUCUUUCUAAGUUGGAGCAGUUCAGUCAGAUCUCGCUUGCUCUGACUCAGUGGAGUGAGAACUUCCUCAGGCACAUCCAAAGCACUUGCAAAGUCAGCAUCACUGAUCUACAGUCUGCUGAUUCCAAAACCAAGGAGGACAAGGUGUCCCUUCAGACCCAGGGAAGGUCACUGGAGGCCUUACAGCCACAUCUAGAUGCCCUCAGCCCAUCUUUAGCCGCAAAAGACCUGCAGCAUCUCCAGACCAGGAAGGAAGACUGCCUUCAACUCUUCAGUGAAGCUCAGAAUUUAGUAGAGCAUCGGGAUGAAGCUCUACUCAAACUAAAAGACUUCUGUGAGACCUACAGUAAAGCCAGAAUCUCUCUACAGACAUUCCAAGAUGCUGUUGACGCAAGAGGGAGCUGGGAUGAGUCCAAAGUCAGGAACAUAAAUCAGGAACUUGGGGAUCUCGCCAAGGAGUUAGCUUGUCUGGAGGUGCAGGCCAUUAGUCUGGAUAUCAUCCUGAACAAAGCACAUUUUCAUUUACAGGGGGCAGAGGAGGAAAGAACAUCCUGCAGAGGGCUGGUGGAUGAUGUUGCGUUGAGCGUGCAGGUGCUUCAGAGAAGCAUUGGGACAAAGCAGAGUGAGGCAGAGGCACUAGCAACCAUGUGGAGUUCCUUUAGGGGACGGAAGGAACUGCUGCUUGGGAGUCUGGCAAAGCUGGAGGACAGAGCCAAUAUACCAUGGCCUACAGAAGCCAGCACGCAUGCCUUUCAACAGAGGUUGUGGUUGCUAAAGCAGUUGGAAGAGGAGCUCCAAGCCCUGCAGCACAGUCAGCUGUGGUUGGGAGAAAGAGGAGAACAACUGGCCCACAGAGACUCUGAGCUGGCAGGGGAAGCCCAGCGGGACGUAGCCUUGGUUCAGUCCACCUGGGAGAGGAUUAGGGCAAUUAUUGUGGAGGACCAUGACCUUUGUGCAAACCUGCUGGAGCUCUGUAGGGAAUAUCAGACCCUGAGAACCAGAAUCAGCUCGGUCGUAGAGAGAGCUCAUGCCAUCACAGUGGCCCACUUGGACCCACACAACCCAGAGGAUAUCCGCAGAGCUCUGUCUCGGCUGGAAGCGGUGAGGCCAGAGUUGGCGGCCACUAAGGAGGACCUGAAUAAGCUCAUUGGUUCAGGCAAACACCUGACCGGCGUAUUGAAGAAGAUUCCAGAGGAAAGCGUUCAGAGGGAAAAUGUCACAACGGAGAUAGAUGCCAUUGUUGAUCAGUGGCUGGAUAUCUCUGAGAGGAUGGAUGCAGACAUCAGUCUUUACACUCGCUCUCUUGGGCUGUGGAAUGACAUUAAUAAAAUGGCCAAUGACAUUGAGUGUUGGAGUGCCAUCUCUGUCAGUGAGCUCAGUGAGGGAGCUGCCAGUCUUCUCUCUGCUCAUGACAUGGAAGAACACCUCUCUGAGUUCAAGCUGGAGUUAGAUAAUAAGGAAGAUGAACUGAAGACCUUGCAGGCAAAGAUAACACAGCUACAGGAACUGAUGAAAACCCAGCAUGUACACACUGAACUGCAGGUGAUGGCUGCAGAUCUGAGGAAGCAGAUUUCCCAUGCUGCAGAGGUGUAUGAACAGACCAAAGGCAUGUAUAAAGACUUCAACUCCCAGAGGCAGCAGCUUCAAGACCUAAUUUCCCAGAUUUCAGAGCAGCUGAAGACCUCAGAGGACUCGCUAUCAGAGUUUUCAUCAUCCUCUGACACAGAGAAUUUUGUUAAGAUCAAGGAGGUUGAGAGGUCACAGAAGCAGUUAGAGGUGAGUCUGGAUGUAGCAAGUGAGUCUCUCAGAGCACUGUGUAGAACGUAUCCAACUCAGCACCUGACCCUGUUGGGUGACGCUGUCUCCCACCUGGUCAAGAGGAAUGAGGAAGUGACACAACGCCGCAGCCAGAUCUUGGGGUCUCUUCAGGAUGCUCUUCUGCAGCGCUUCAAUGAGAAAGCACAUGCUUUUCAAUGUUGGCUGUCUGAGUUGAGGGCUGGAAUUGAGGACUGCUUUGAGCAAACAGGAGAUGCUGUUGCAGCCAAGCAACAAAAGCUCAAGACUGCAGUAGAGGAAGUCAUGGAAGGUGAGGAGCGCUUGGCCCGUGUUUGUGAGGAUGGAGAGAGACUCCUCUUGCACCUCAGCAAAUGUGGCACUGGAAGCAUACAGGAGCAACUGGACUCUUGUCAAUAUGCCUUGGAUUCAUUUAAUAUGGAAUGCCAACAGCGCAUACGGGCCCUGGAAGAAAGUGCCAACCUAUUAAAUGGGUAUGAAACGCGUGUGGUGGAGCUGAGCGACUGGCUGCAACAGCUGGAGGUGAGGCUGAAGACAGACGCUCCUCUGUGGGGUGAGAGUCAGUCUGCAGCCCCAGACUGCUCAGAAGAGCUGAGAAGAGUGGAGGAAAUCCACAGAGAGCUGCUGAUGAGGAGGGCAUCUCUUGAGCAUCUGUGUCAGUCCUCUCUCACCAUAACAGAGAGAGGAUCUAGAUCAGAGAAUGGUGUGGCAGCAGGGUUGCUCUCAAACCACGAGGUUUUGCUGCAGGAGGCCAGGAGUCGACUCCGCAGCCUGCAGGAGUACCAGGCAUUUGAGGAAGCACUAAAGGCGCUGGAAACCUGGCUGAAGGAUGUUGAGAGGAAGUUAGAGAAACUGGAGAACACGGAGGGGAAUAAAAAGGAGGUGGAAGAGAAACUUGAGCGAGCACAGGAUAUCCUGCUUAUGAAGGGAGAGGGCGAGGUAAAGCUCAACAUGGCGGCUGGGAAGUCAGAGCUGGUCAUCAAGAGCAGUGGAGAAGUGGAACGAGGAGUGAUUUGCUCUAAGCUUCAGGAAGUUGAAGACGCAUGGGCGGCACUGCUUUUGAGGGCUAUGAGCUGCCACAGUCGAUUGGAAUGGACCGUUAAUCAGUGGGAUUUGUUCGUGGAGUCUCGUGCACAGCUGCAGAGAUGGCUGGAGGGAGUAGGGCUGGAGGUUAAAGGUCCUCUUGAGCCCCAGCUUGGACUCCGGGAGAAACGAAAGCAGUUGGAGAGACUGCGCUUGCUGUCAUCAGAUGUGGAGGACCACCAGGGAGCUCUGUGCUAUCUGGAGGAGAGUGCGGCUGAACUUUACAAACGCACCGGUGACCCCGUCUUUAAGGAGGAAGAAAUGCUUCUCCUCAGGGCACAGUUUGAGGAUGUCAAAGCUGCAGCAGAGGAGAGAGUCAGGUUGUCAGAGGACGUUGUUCUCGAACAUAAGACGUACAUGGAAACAAUCAGGGAGCUCACUGAUUGGUUGAUGGUGGUAGGGGAAGAGCUUCAGCAAUGCUCUGAACCAUCCGGUGACUCUCCAACAUUAAGUCGGAAGUUGACUGAAGUUCGGCAGAUGAGAUGUCGAUUGGAAUGGACCGUUAAUCAGUGGGAUUUGUUCGUGGAGUCUCGUGCACAGCUGCAGAGAUGGCUGGAGGGAGUAGGGCUGGAGGUUAAAGGUCCUCUUGAGCCCCAGCUUGGACUCAGGGAGAAACGAAAGCAGUUGGAGAGACUGCGCUUGCUGUCAUCAGAUGUGGAGGACCACCAGGGAGCUCUGUGCUAUCUGGAGGAGAGUGCGGCUGAACUUUACAAACGCACCGGUGACCCCGUCUUUAAGGAGGAAGAAAUGCUUCUCCUCAGGGCACAGUUUGAGGAUGUCAAAGCUGCAGCAGAGGAGAGAGUCAGGUUGUCAGAGGACGUUGUUCUCGAACAUAAGACGUACAUGGAAACAAUCAGGGAGCUCACUGAUUGGUUGAUGGUGGUAGGGGAAGAGCUUCAGCAAUGCUCUGAACCAUCCGGUGACUCUCCAACAUUAAGUCGGAAGUUGACUGAAGUUCGGGAGCUGCUGGAGCGCGGCGCGUGCGAGGGGCGCGAGCGGCUGCGGCGCGUGCGGCUGAGCGCGGAGAGAGCCGGAAGGCACACGGCGGCGGCGGGCUGCGAGCUGAUGGAUGGAGAAGUGGCGGCGCUGGCGCGAGCGCUGCACCAGUGGGAGGGAGCUUCGCUACGUGCUCGCGACGCUCUCGAGACCGCCGUGGCCGCGGCGACAGGGGCCGAGCGGGAGCAGACACGGCUGACAGCGCUGUUGGAGGGAGAAAUGGAGAAGCUGGAGGGCCAGCUGAAGGAGUGGAGCGAGGGACUGAGCAGUGCCGAGCGGAGGAAUAGCGGAGCUGCGGCGGUGGAGGGAUGGACGAUCGCCAAGGGUGUUCUGGAGAGGCUUCAGACAGCUGAAGUUAUGGAGGAGAAGCUGAAGGCGCAGCUCAAUGAGCUGUGUGGGUUUUCCAGUGAUCUGGGUCCGCAGUCGGACAGAGUCAGCGCUCUCAUCAAGCUACACAACAGCCUAAGCCUACGAGCCUCCCGGGAAUGUCAGAAUAAGGAGAAGCUGCUGGAACAACGCUUCCGUUCUUCUCUGCAUGACUUCCGGCAGUGGAUGGUCAAUGCCAACAUCUCUACUGCCAAAUGCUUUGACUCCCCUCAUAGCAUCCAGGAUGCCUCUAUCGCUCUCCAGCGGAUCCAGGAGUUCAAAAGUGACAAGGAGCAGGGCCAGACCAGACUGAACGCUGUCCUGACCUAUGGAGAGCAGCUUAGUAGCGUGGUGCCAGCUGACAGAGUGGAGGCGACCAGGACCAAAGCAAAUGCAACCAAAGAUGACUGGAAGAGCCUGAUGGACAGCUUACAGAGAAGAGAGACGGCCUUACAGGUCUUGCAGUCUCAGAUGCAGGACUUUGAGGCAAGUGUGGAACCCCUUCAAGACUGGCUGAACAGGACUGAGAUCAGUGUGCAGGAGAGCAGCGCUCGCCUCCAUGACCUGCCUGCCAAAAGACUAGAGCUCUCCAAACUUCAGAUGCUGCUGGAGGAGAUGCGCUCCAGAGAGUCUGAACUGGCAGAGCUGAGAGGGCGAGCACAUGGCCUCUGGGAGGGUCAGGGUGCAGGGAAGAGUUUUGUGCAUCGGGUCUGCCAGCUAGCUGCAUGCUACUUGGCCUUGAGCAACCUGAUUAAGGAGAAAGUGUCAAGGGUAGAACGAGUUGUGGGGGAGCAUCAACUUUUUUCACAGGGCCUUCAGGAACUUCAGAACUGGGUUUCAGAGUCCCAACAGGCCCUCAAGACCUGCAGAUGCCCCACAUCUGACAAGAGUGUGCUUAUCACCAGAAUGGGCCAGCUCGAGACUUUACUGGCCGCUUGUCAGGGGAGAGAAAUCCAACUGAAGAUGCUCAUCACCAGAGGGGAGUCUGUCCAGAGGAACACCUCGGCUGAGGGUGUACCAGUGGUUCGCAAGCAGAUCCAGGACCUCAAAGACUCCUGGGAAUCACUCUUGUCAACAUCCAUUCAGUGCAAAAGCCAGCUGGAAGGUGCCUUGUCACACUGGACCAGUUACCAGGAAGAUGUCAGUCAGUUUGAGUGCUGGAUGGAGCGAGUAGAAGAGAGCCUCGGAAACUCCGACAAACACUACGCAGAAAUGAGGGACAAGACAGCCAAUCUAGGCCGUGCCAAACUCCUCUAUGAGGAAGUUCUUAGCCACUCUAGCCCUUUAGAGACCAUUGCGACCAAGGGUUCCAACAUGACUGAACAUACAGCCACCCAACAGGAGAUCCAGAAACUCAGUGAGAGAUAUACAGCCAUUAAAGAUAAAGCCAAGGCUGCUGUCAAUAAGGCAGAAGAAUUGGUUCUGCUCCAUCAAGAGUACCAGCGUGGGUUGCACAUGUUUGAAGACUGGCUGGAGCAGGAGCAGAACAGUUUGGCCCUCCUCUCACCCCUGGAUGAAGAUGUAAAUGCUCUGGAGAACACGUUAAAAGAACUGCAGAUGCUCCAGUCUCAUUGCCCUAAGGGACAUAACUUGCUCAGCUCAGUUCUUGCCAGUCGAGAAAGAGUCAUUCCAUGGGGUGCCCCUCAAAUUGAGGAUCGGGCUCUGGAAACAGCACAGAUGGAAUGGCAGGGGUACCAAGACCGACUCGGCGAGACCAAAGUCCAGGUAGAGCAGGCCCUCGCAAGGGUUCAGCAACUAGAAUGUUUAUUCCAAAGCUUAGACCAGUGGCUGGUUGACAUAGAGCUCAAAGUUAAGGUGAGAAGCCACCGUCGCUCUGAUGUCACUGCAAAGGAGGCCCAGCUUCAACACCUUAAGAGGUGGCAGAUUGAGGCUGCUCAACGUCAGGCCGAGGUGGAAGGCCUUAGUACUCUUGCACAGCAAGUCGUUGAGGAUGCUCAUGUCAGUGGUCGGAUCAGUACCAGGGUUACCCAGCUCACUGCCCGCUACCAUGCCUUGCUUCUACAGAUACAGGAUACACUCAAACAGCUCCAGAAAGAGAUGCAGAACAUCACAGAGGCUCAAAAUGCUCUCAGGACCUUCUCUGAUUGGUUGAGCACUGCGAGGAAGAAUUUUAAAAUCGUUACCGAAAGGACAGAGGCUCUCGAUCGCAUUACAAUGGAAAAGAAGAUGAAGAGGCUAGAGGCUGUAGAGCAGACGUUGCUAUCUCGUGAUUCUGCUGUGAGCUUUGUGCUAGAGAAAGGAGAAACUCUGCUGACCCUCCUCCACUCCCCUUCCAUCACAGACAACAUGACCAGACUACAGGCGGACUACCAGGAGCUAUGUGGCUCAGCAAGGACCCACAUUCACAGAUUGGAAGCUCAGGUGAAGAAACAGGAAGCAUACCACAAAGAUCUACAGGAAAUUGAGCGUUGGCUGUUGCAGAUGUCCAGCAGGAUGGUGACUCCUGACCCGUCAUCAGGCGGUGGUCUGGAAGCUGCCACUCAGCAGCUAGCCAGACAUAAGGCUAUUAUGGAAGAGAUAGCGGGUUUUGAAGAGCGUUUGGCUACACUUAAGGAAAAGGGAGAGGAGCUGUUGUCCGGCUGCAGCGAGCGCCUCCAGGCUCGGCUUCGCCAGCAAAUUCAGAACCACCAGCAGGGAGCAAGGGACAGCUACUCUGCCAUCUGCAGCACUGCCCAGCGUGUGUAUCAGAGUCUAGAUCGGGAACUGCAGAAGCAUGUAAGUCUGCGGGAUACGUUGCAACAGUGUCAGACAUGGCUUUCAAAUGUACAGGAGGAGAUACAGCUUCCUGCACAUGCACCACACGGCCUACAGGAGGCACUUGCACAGAUGAAGCAGGAACGAACUCUACAGGAACAGGCUAGUACCUAUUUGCAGCUGGUGUGCUCCACCUGUGAUCUUUCGGAUGAUAAGGUACGAGAGACAGCUGCUGAGAUACAGCAGGUCAGACUUCAGAUCGAGGAGAGAAUGCUGGAAUCUCAAGAACUAGCAGAUAACUGGAGAGAGAUCAAAGACUUGCGUUCCAACCUUGAGUGUCGUCUUCUUGAGGCUGAACAACUCCUCCAGAGCAUGUUAAGGAGGCCAGCUGAGCUUGAACCAAAGGUUGCUCAGAACCAGCUGGACCAGGCUCAGGACUUUAUCCAGGAGAUGCGAGCCAGGCAGGUUGAUCUGACCCAGCUGAGAGAGAGCAUCAAUAGGCUAACGGCUGGUCAGGAGUCCCCUGAGCUUAUGGAAGUUGGGCGGCUGCGCUGUGCUUGGCUGGAUCUGGGCAGACAGGCUGCACAGCUGCUGGAACAGAAAGAGGAGGAUCUACAGAGGAGUGGGGACUAUCAUGACUGCAUUUGUAUGGUGGAGGAGUUGUUUGACCAGCUGUCCAAGAAAUGGGAUCAAUUGGCCAGGGGAGAUAUUGAGAGCACAGCUGAGUGUCUGGAUGCCUUAAAGAAGUUAUCCACAGACCUGCAGGACCAGAGAUGUGUGCUCGAUGACCUGAGAAAUAAUAGGCAUGGGAUCCUGCCUCGUCUGAGCUUAGAAGACAGAGACCUGGUUAAGGAGCAGGUGGGUUACCUGGAGCAACGUUGGACCCAGGUGGAAUCGCUUGUCCAGCAGAAAAUACAAGAUUCAGCGCAAACACUGGAAGAACUCAGUCAAAUCGAGGACCAUUUGCGGGAGGCUCAGGAGUGGGCUGAGUUGCAGCAGCCAUCCCUGUCUGAGGUUCUCAAGACCAGCCCCCCUCCAGAUUUGGCCCAAAGCUUUCUGUUUGAUCACUUGAGCUUUUGUGCAGAAUUGGAGGCCAAACAGAAGCUUCUGGCAGAGGCCUUGACAGAUGCCAAUAGUCUUUCCUCUCGCGUAGGUCUUAAUGAAAGGAGGAAACUGCAGACUUUGGUCCAGGAAGCACAGGCAGAAGUAGAAUCGCUUGGAACUAAGGCUGCUCAGUAUCGUAAAAGCCUCAGCAAAGUAUUUACAGAACGAACGCAGUUCCUACAAGCCCUCGACAGAGCAGCUGAAUGGAUCAGGAAGCAAGAGCAGAGGGCUCUUGCAGAUGAUCAUGUCGCGCUCCUACCAAAUGUACUGCACAAGCAGGUGUCAACUUGUAAGAAUUUUACCAGCAGCCUAAGAGCAUAUCAGGUGGAGCUCACUUCUCUUUGGGUACAAGGACGAGACUUAGUGAAGGAUGCCACCGACGAGGAGAAGAAGGAGACCCUUCAGAAGCUGGAGGAGUUGCAAGUUACCUUCGAGGCUUCCUUGCAGAAGAGCACGGAGCAUCUGCAGCAUCUGGAGAAAGCGCUAGUCAUUCGAAAGUACUUUAAAGUGGACCUUGACAGGAUCUGCGAGUGGCUAAAACAAGCUGAGGUAGCUACAUUUCCAAUUAUUGACCUGAGCGGGAAUGAUGAGGAGCUUCAGAACCAGUUAACCGAAUACCAACAGCUUCUUGAUCAUGCUUCAGAGUAUGAAAACCUUUUGCUCAUCGUCCAAAGGGCAGGACAGGAGAUUCUUCCCACCUUAAAUGAGGUCGACCACUGCUACCUAGAUGAGAAACUUAAUGGCCUUCCACAACAAUAUAAUGACAUGCUGUUGUUGAUCAGAGAGAAACGUGACAGGAUCCAGCAAGUGCUUUUGGAGCGCAGGGAGUUUGAGUCCCUCAUCGAUGCCACACGAAAAGAUUUGAAGGAACUUCAGGAGAAGUGUGAUGGUUUAGAGAUGAAGUCAGCCAACCAAAGUGUAGAAGAGGGAGAAAGAUUGCACAGCAGUUAUGAAGAUCUCAUGAAAGCUCUUGCAAAUCUCUUUCAGGGAAUGAAAGAUCUUAGGGUUAAAACUCAGGAUUUCCUUAUCAUGGGUCAGCCAUAUGCUCCUGAAGUCAUUGACCAGCUAGUUCAUCUCCACGGCAGUCUUAACCAGCAGAUCGAGUAUAAGAUGAAAGAAUUAAGGAAAACAUUAAAAAUAUUAAAUGACCAUCGAGCAGUUAUUGAGAAAAUGGACUAUAGCAUUACUAGAUUAAAGAAACAGCUUGGCAAAUUUGACUCCAAAGGAGAUGAGGAGGCAGAUGCCAUGGAGAGAUUAUCUACUCUACACAACCUAUCAAAAUGUUUUGUAGAGGUUAGUUCCUAUCCAGAGGGUCUCAAAUCACAAAAUGAUGACCUCAACCAGCACUUUGACUCAAAGACCCUCAAGACUCAGGUUAUCUUCAGGGAGGAACAACUUCUUACUUUAAAGCAAAAGAUUAAUGCACACAUAGAAGAAUGUGAGAGAGGUUUUAGGGGAAAUAAGGAUUUUCAAACUGAUAUUAAAGUAUCAAUAGACUGGCUCAAGAGUCUUAGGGAUCGAUUAAGAUAUCCAUUAAUGUUUGAAGAAGCAAAAAUUGAAAUUGUGCAGGAGGAGGUCAGGUCACUGUCAGCACUUCAAAAACAAAUGAAAUCUAGGUUUAGAUUAUUAGAAUAUAUGACUAAUGAAGAGAAACAGAAGUAUAUAAACGACCAAAAGCCAUUUCCAAAACUCUUUGAAACCACUUUAAUGGAUAUUCCAAAGCUGAAGGAUGAUCUUCAACAAGCUGUCAACACCAAACAGGUGGCCUUGCAGACUUUUCUGUCUCUGCUCCAGAGAUACCACCAUUCUUUGCAAUCCAUCCAGCAGUGGUUUGAGGACGCUGGUGCUCUACUUGAGCAUGCUCCGCAAGAGGAAGACCUGGAGAAAAUUUCAGACUGCCUCAAGGACUUAAAAAAUAUAACAAGCCAGGAACAAACUGUCAAGUGUACGAUGCAAGAAAUGCAAGGUCUAGUACCUCAAAUGGGUGACUUUUUCAGCCCUACUGUAAUGAGGCAAAUCCAGCAACAUUGUGAGGAAUCUUAUCACAAGGGAACAGAGGUCAUUGAGCAGCUAAAACAACGUCAAGACAACUUGCAACGAAGCAUAAUUCAGUGGAGAUCCUUUCAAGAUGAAACAGAUGAAGUUAUCAGGCAGAUGAAUGAAGUUGAGAAAAGGAUGAUGGAGUUCACAACAGCCAGAGCAAACUCUGAACAAGAAGCUGAAGACAAGCUUUGUUUAUACCAGAAUAUUGAGUCACAAGUUCUGGGUCUUGAAGAUGCCCUGAAUGGCCUGAAAGAAAAAGCAGCACAGUUUGAUCAGCCUGCCAUAAAAUAUGCUACUUCUCGGUCAGUCUGUUCACUGCGCCAUCGGUGGACUCGGUUGCUCAGCAUUGCUCGAGCUCAGGUGAAAGCCCUCCAGGACUCUGCACGUAACUGGAGAUGCACCAGGGAGAAGCUGGAGAAAAUGCGGGCUGUCUGUGAGGACCUGCACAGUCGUGUUCCUGACAACAUGGUGGAAAAAGCCUCUAGUAUGGCAGCCCUACAGAGCCUUCUGGAGUACCACUAUUCCUUCAGUCGAGAAGUGGAGAGAGAGAGCAGCGCCCUGACCCUCCUCAGACACCAUGUGCUCAACCUGUUCCUCCAUUCUCAUGCAUCUGCAUCCACCACAGACAGUAAACACAACCAAGACAAUCCAUGUCUGCUGGAAAUUCAGAGCAUUCAGGAGAAAUAUGACAAUCUGUUGCAGCAGGUGUGUGCUAGCAGACAGCAGGUGCAGGUGGAGCUGCGGGAGAGAGAGGAAGUGGUGAGGGAGUUGGGCCUGCUGAAAGGCUGGAUUCAGGACACCCAGGGGCUGCUGCUGAGCCCCACAGCAGACCUGGAUAACCUGCUUACUGACCUGGAGACGGCUCAUGGAGGCAUGCGGUCUCACCGCCAGAACCUUGAGCAGAUUGCAGAUCGUCAGCAGAUGAAAUACCAGGACCUCAAUGCCACCCUUCCUUCAGAGAUCAGCACCCAGCUGGCAGAGGUUACACUGGCUCUGGGUUCUGCAGAAGAUCAGGUGCAGGCACGGGAAAGAGAGGUCCAACAUAGCAGAGAUAUUAAAGAAGACUUUAACUCCAGACUUCAGGAUAUCUCAAAGAAAGUCAAACUCGUCUCUUUGAAACUCAAGCAGAAGGCUGUGGAUGUUGAGGAGGCUAAAGAGGAGACAGAGAGUCUAUUUGAGGAGCUAAUGGAGUGUGGUCGUGCUAUGUCUGAGCUAGAUGUGGUGGUGCAGGAGUUUGGUGAGCAAAAUCCUCUCCUAGCCAAACAGCUGGGCUCCAGCCUGAGUAAACUGACUGAGCUUCAUGUUCAGACCCUCCGACUGGCGGAGGGAAGGACCACAAGCCUUCAGAAGGCAGAAAAGAACUUUGAAGAAUUUAAUGAAAUGCUGACGUUAAUUCUCAACUGGACAGAAAAAGCAGAGACUGUGGUGUCAGCCAACAUCAUGUGGAGUCCAGCCUCUCAGAUGCAAGAGCAGAUCAGAACCCAUCAGGCUUUAUUACAAGAGUGGCAAGCUCUCCAAGGAGAGUUUGAGGGUCUGGUGGAGAGGGUGGGACUGCUGGGGGAGGUGGUCCAGACAGAUGCUCUCCACCAGCAGGUGGCAGAACUGAGCAGACAUGCUGAAGAGCUGCAGCAGAGAGCCAAAGCAAGACUCCUGAUGCUACAAGAUGCAGCCAAGGACUUAGGGAGACUGGAGAGUGAUGUGAAGAGCCUCCAUCAGUCCAUAGAGAGAGUCCAGGAGACUCUGGCCUCCCCUGAUCUGGCACGUCUCAGUCUCAGAGAACAGCUGACUCAAAGACAGCUGCUGUUGUCAGAGAUGGAGGGUCUCAAGCAGCAGGUACAGGCUAUGCAGAUGUGUCAGAGUGCCCUCCGUCUGCCAGAGGACGUGAUUGCAGCUUUACCGCUAUGUGUUACUGCACAGAGUCUGCAGCAAGAGAGCAGCCAACUCCAACACAAUACCAUUCUACAGUGCAAUAUAUUACAGGAGGCCAUGGUGCAGUAUGAGCAAUACGAACAGGAAGUCAAGAACCUACAGAGACUUAUUGAAGAAGCACACCGUGUUAUUCAGGACCGCCCUGUUGCCACAGGAAACAUACAGGAGCUUCAGACACAGAUACAACAUCAUGAGGAACUGGCCCUGAAGAUAAAAGGAUACCAGGAGCAGAUCUCGGCCUUGAACUCCAAGUGUAAGAUGUUGACUGUGAAAGCCAAACAUGCUACCAUGCUGCUGACAGUCAGCGAGGUCGAUGGACUCUCUGACGGAUUAGAGGAGCUGGAGGAUGAGGAGGACGAGAUGCCCAAACACUCACCAGCACACCCCUCUGUUGUCAUGAUGACGGCAGGCCGUUGUCAUACUCUCCUCUCCCCGGUGACAGAGGAGUCUGGUGAGGAGGGCACCAACAGUGAGGUCUCCUCUCCCCCUGCCUGCAGAUCGCCCUCCCCCGGGUCUAACGCUGACACCUCUCAGAGUUCAGGGCGAGUUCCUUUAAGCAGAGCUCCACUACAGGAGCUUUAUGACCCCUCCAUGGAUUCAGCUGCCUCAGCUAAUCUGGACGACCUACAGCGCUCAUGGGAGACUUUGAAGAAUGUGAUCAGUGAGAAGCAGAAGAGCCUAUAUGAAGCUCUGGAGAGGCAGCAGCACUAUCAGGAGACCCUGCAAUCUGUCUCCACAAAGAUGGAGUCCAUUGAGACCGCACUAAAUGAAGGCUUGGAGCCAAGCAAGAGUCCUGAGAGCCAGAUGGCCGCCCACCAGGCUUUGAUGGAUGAGAUCCUGAUGCUCCAGGAUGAGAUCAGUGCAUUGGAGGCCUGCUUCUUCCAAGAGCUGCAGUUGGAUGAGGACAGUUUGGAGGCAGAUGCCGGAGACCAGCUGGCCCUGCAGUCAACCCUCACUGUGUUAGGAGAACGCAUGGCCACCAUCCACAUGAAGGCCUCCGGAAAGCGCCAACUUCUGGAGGAGCGAUUAAGCGAGCAGUUAGAAGAACAGAGGCAGGAACAAGCGCUACAGCGUUAUCAUAGUGAGGCAGAGGAGCUUGACAACUGGCUGCUCAGCACACGUGCCACACUGAGCUCCACUCUCCAGCCACACCCACGGGACAUGGACAUGGAGGAACAGCUGAUGGACUGCCAGAACAUGUUAUUGGAGAUCGAGCAGAGGGUGCUGUGUCUGUCCGAGCUGUCAGUGCACAGUGAGAGUUUGCUGAUGGAGGGUAAGGCCGGCACACGGGGUGACGCUGAGCAGCUCUCCCUCAAACUGCACUGCCUCAAAUCCAGCCUGCUGGAGCUACAGCGCAUCCUCCAAGACAAACAGACCCACAUCCAGGGCUCACUUCAGGAGCAGGAGGACACUGAAUCAGACUCGUCUCUCUCUCAGAGCCCCAAUAUGAUGGAUUGGCUCAGUCAGGCGCGAUCCACACGCAACCAACAGCAUCAAGACACAGUGCAAAGACAGAGGGAAUUAGAGGAGCAGCUUGGCGAACAGAAGAAGUUACUGCAAUCUGUAGCAUCUAGAGGAGAGGAGAUUCUCUCACAGCGAACAACACCUAAUGGAGAAAGGUCUCCUGCAGAACUUUCUGAAGGGGAUGCUGGUCAGUGGCCUGAGAGCAUGAGCACUAAUGAUCAGAUGAGAGUCAGAUGGGAGAACCUGAGCAAAGACGUUAACAACAAACUGCAGUUGUCACUAAACACACUGGAGCAGACUCCAUGUAACACGUUAUACCAGCCGGUAUCCAGCCCCUGUGGAGUUUUCAGAGGAGAGCAGCUGAGUCAGGAUAUCCUGUCUCCACGAAGUCUGUUUGAAGGCUUCAGCCAAGAUUUGGAGGACUUGCCUCAGACAAGUGGUGCUGACAGUAAGCGUGCUCAUGCUCUGAAGAGAGCUCUCUAUGAGGCGGUUUCGUCAGCUUCCUCCUGGCUGGACAAUGCUGAAAUUGAGCUUGUAUCUGGCCCAAUAUUACUAUCUGAUGACUCAGAGACUCACCUGGGCCACCUAGAGAGUUUGAAUAAGGAGGUAAAGAAUGUCAACGAGGAGGUGUGUAAAUGUCGGGACGUGCUCGGAGGAACAGAGCAGCUAUGGGAUGGAGAAAGUGGAGAAAGUGUUUUGGUUGAGGAAGUGUUAGAUGGUUUGGAGGGGAGAAUGAAGCUGCUGGACACAGUGCUGGAACAGAGAUGUGACACCAUGAAAGACAAGCUUCAUGAACUCACUGUUUUCCAGGCUGAGUUGAGGCUGUUGCUUGCAGCACUCAGUGACUCAAAGUGCCAGCUUUUGCAGAAAAUGAACGCGGCUGUGGAUCGGCCCACUUCUAAACAGAUGGAGAUUCUAGCAGAAGCGGAGGACAGUUUGAGGGAAUUUGAACAGAAAGUUUCUGAGAUGAGGAGCAGAGGAGAGACACUGCAGCCCAACCAGCUCUGCACUCAAGAGCUGCUGAAACUACAGGAUGCUUAUGAAGAGCUGGUGGAGAUGGUGGGCUCCAAGCGGAGUGGGCUAAACCAGAGUUUGGUUCUAAAGGCUCAGUAUGAGAGAGCUUUACAAGACCUGAUAGAUCUGCUGGACACCGCCCAGGACAAAAUGGCUGCUGAUCAGAAGAUGAAAGUGGGAUCAGUGAUUGAGGUUCAGAUUCUUCUAGAUAAACACAAGGAGUUUUUCCAGGGGCUAGAGACGCAUGUUGUUCUGACACAGGCCUUCUUCAGGCAGGUCAGUGGGUUGGUGGUGCAGCGGGAGGUCCAGAGCUUGGAAGAGACUGUGGCUCAGGCCCAGGCUGUACUUAAACAGGCUCACAAACGAGGAGUGGAGCUGGAGGGCAUCCUGGAGUGGUGGAGCAGGUUGGUGGGUGACUAUCAGGCCCUGUACAGACAGCUGGAGGCAGUGGAAAGCAACAUCCCCAGUGUAGGCCUGGUGGAGGAGACAGAGGACAGAUUGAGCGAUAGAAUUGCUUUGUAUCAGCGUUUGAAGGCCAGUCUCUCUGAGCGGCAGCAGCAGUUGUAUAAGUUGUUGGAGGAUGGAAAGAGGCUGCUUUUACAUGUGUCCUGCUCAGAGCUGGAGACUCAGCUCACUCAGCUGGGGGACCACUGGCUCAGCACCACCACCAAGAUCAAUAAAGAGCUACACCGCCUGGACUCCACCCUCAAACACUGGAUUAGGUAUCAGAGUGAGUCAGCUGAGCUUAGCCAAUGGCUGAAUUCGGCACUAGACCGCCUGGAGUUCUGGAGCACUCAGUCUGUUACAGUACCUCAAGAGCUAGAGACCGUCAGAGACCAUCUUCAUGCCUUCCUGGAGUUCUCCAAAGAGGUAGACGCCAAGUCUUCUUUGCGUGUCUCAGUUCAGAGCCAGGGGAAUCAGCUUCUCCGGUUGAAGAAAGUGGACACGGCAGCUCUCAGGGCAAACUUGGCCCAGGUAGACACACAAUGGGCUGAUCUUCUCACUCGUAUCCCUGUGGUCCAGGAGAAACUACACCAGCUGCAGAUGGAGAAGCUGCCAUCCCGUCAUGCGAUAACUGAACUAAUGAGCUGGAUAUCCCUCAUGGAGAAUAUCAUCCAAGAGGAUCAGCAGAAGAUCAUGGGGGCAGUGGGAUCAGAGGCUGUGCAAAUGUACCUUCAAAAAUACAAGGGUUUUCAGAUUGACCUGUCCUGUAAGCAGCUGACGGUGGACUUUGUGAAUCAGUCAGUUCUGCAAAUCAGCAGUCAGGAUGUAGAGGGGAAACGGAGUGACAAAACAGACUUUGCUGAGCGUCUUGGUGCCAUGAACCGCCGCUGGCAGAUACUGCAGGGACUCGUUACAGAGAAGAUUCAGGUUUUAGAGGGUCUGCUGGAAAGCUGGUUAGAGUACGAGAACGUGGUUCAGACCUUGAAGACCUGGUUUAGUGUACAGGAAGAGAAACUCAAAAAGAAGCACAGGAUUGAGGAUGUUUCCUCAGCCCAGAAUGCACUUAAAGAUUGUCAGGAAAUGGAAGUGUUGGUAAAGGAGAAAGAGAAGGAUCUGGAGAAGGCUGAAGAAAAAGGAUGCUUAUUAAUUCAGGAUAAGAAAGGCGAGGCAGGCACUGUUAUUAUGGACACUCUAAAAGGUUUAAACCAGUCUUGGGCCAAUCUGGAUCACAUGAUUGGGCAGCAGACGGUCAGUCUCCGGUCAGUACUGGAGCAGUGGAGUCUGUAUAAACAAGCAUAUGACGAGAUUCAGGGCUACCUGAUGGAGGGACGUUACACCAUCUCUCGUCUGCGUCUUCUCACUGGCUCCCCAGAAGCUGUGCAGGUUCAAGUGGAGAACCUUGAGAGUUUACAAGACGAGUUGGAGAAACAGGAGAGCAGUUUACGGAAACUGGGCUCCAUAACGCAACAGCUGCUGAGGGAUUGUCAUCCCUCAGUGAGCGAUUCACUCAACACAGCUCUGGGUGAUGUAAAUCUCAGGUGGAACACGCUGCUGGAGCAGAUCUCAGAUCAGCUGAGGACGAGUAAGAGCCUGCUGCAACUGUGGCAGCAUUACAAAGCACUUCAUGCUCAGAGCAGCACUGACAUCCAGAAACUAGAGGAUCAGGUGGAACAGCUGCUCAAGAGCGCCACCCACAUGGACGUCACAGAACAGGAAGUAAAGGUGUGGAUUUAUCAGUGCAUGAUGGGUUUGGAAGGCCUUAUGGCAACUGAGGGAUCCGUAGAGUCUGUCCUGCAGCAGCUGGAUGAGUUUUCAGAGCAGCUGAGGCAACAAGUGGACCCCUCUGCCAUGACAACCUUCCAUACAGACCACCUGUCAUUCACUCAGCGAUUAGCAACUGUUGGGCAUACCCUCCAAAGACAGCAGUGUCUGCUAGAGGUGGGUAUGAGGGACUAUGAGGGGUUUAGUAAGGAGUUACAUUCUCUGAGCCACUGGUCAGAAGAAGCUGAGAAGGUUCUGAAGGAACCAGACCCAGUCGGUUCUCCAGAUGUCUCAUCUGUGCAGGAACACAUGGAAAAACUUAAGACCCAAAUGUUAAAGCUGAGCAGUCUUUCUCCUGAUCUGGAACGUUUGAAUGAGUUGGGUUAUCAGCUUCCCCUCAAUGAUAAUGAAAUCAAGCGUCUGCAGAACCUAAACAGGAGCUGGUCGUCUAACUCCGCUCGCACAAUAGAGAGAUUCAGUAAAUUGCAAGCCCUGGUAUUGCAAAGACAGACCUUUUUGGAGAAGUGUGAUGCUUGGAUGACCUUCCUUAACCAAACAGAAGAGAAACUGGCCGCUGAGAUUUCUGGAAACUACCAGAGCCUACUAGACCAGCAGAGAGAGCAUGAGCUAUUCCAAGCAGAGAUGUUUAGUCGACAACAAAUUCUAUACUCUAUCAUCAAUGAUGGACAUCAGCUCCUGAAUCAGGGACAAGUGGAAGACAGGGAUGAAUUUGGCUUGAAACUGGCACUGCUUAGUAACCAGUGGCAAGGUGUGGUGAGGCGGGCCCAGCAAAGACGGGGGAUUAUUGACAGUUUGGUUCGGCAGUGGCAGCGGUACACAGAGCUGAUAGAGAAACUGCGUCAUUGGCUGCAAGAAGUGUCAAUGGAACCAGAGGAGCAGCAACAAGUGUCAACAGUAGCACUACAGCAGAUCCGUGGCAUGCUAGACCACAUACAGCUGAAGGAGCGUGUGCUCCAGAGGCAACAGGGCAGCUACAUCCUCACGGUGGAGGCCGGGAGGCAACUCCUCCUGUGGGCUGAUGCCAGAACGGAGGCCUCACUUCACACUGAGCUGACUGAUGUGCAGGAGCACUGGAGGACCAUUAACAUCCGUCUCGACGAGAGGAAGAAAGAACUGCUCUCUUUGCUAAGGAGCUGGGAUCAGUGUGAAAAAGGAAUUGCUGCAUCACACGAGAAGCUGAGGGACUUUAAGCAAAAGCUCUCUGUGCCUUUACCCGACCACCAUGAGGAGCUGCACACAGAACAGAUUCGCUGCAAGGAAUUGGAGAGCAGUAUUGAAGGCUGGGCUGAUGAUGUAGCCGGCCUGUGUAUUCUGAGGGAGUCUCUCUCCAGCAGCCUCAGUGCAGAUAACCUCACAAUCCUACAGGAAAGACUUAUAUUACUCCAGAGACAGUGGGAGGAGACUUGUCACCAGCUGUCCCUGCGCAGGCAGCAGGUGAGCGAGAGGCUGAAUGAGUGGGCCGUGUUCAAUGAGAAGAACAAAGAGCUGUGUGAGUGGCUCACACAAAUGGAGAGCAAGGUCUCACAGAACGGUGACAUCAGCAUUGAGGAGAUGAUUGAGAAACUCAGGAAGGACUAUCAGGAAGAGAUCUCAGUGGCCAAGGAGAACAAGCAUCAGCUGGAACAGAUGGGGGAGAGAUUGGCUCAGGCCAGCCAUGAAAGCAAAGCUGCAGAAAUCCAAUUCAAACUCAGCAAAGUCAAUGAGCGCUGGCAGCAUCUGCUUGACCUUAUAGAAGCUAGGGUAAAGAAGUUGCGGGAGACACUGGUGGCUGUGCAGCAGCUAGAUAAGAACAUGAGCAGUUUGCGCUCCUGGCUGGCUCACAUUGAGACUGAACUCUCACGACCCAUCGUCUAUGAAACCUGUGACUCACAUGAGAUCCAAAGAAAACUCAACCAGCAACAGGAUCUGCAGCGCGACAUCGAGAAGCACAGCACAGGUGUGGCAUCAGUGCUGAACCUGUGUGAGGUGCUGCUGCACGACUGUGACGCCUGUGCCACAGAGACCGAGUGUGAAUCCAUCCAGCAGGCCACACGCGGCCUCGAUCGCCGCUGGAGAAACAUCUGUGCUAUUGCCAUGGAGAGAAGGCUUAAGAUUGAGGAGACAUGGAGGUUGUGGCAGAAGUUUCUGGAUGAUUACUCCCGUUUUGAAGAGUGGCUAAAAGUGUCAGAGAGGACAGCAGCUCUCCCCAACUCCUCUGGAGUGCUGUACACCAUCGCUAAAGAGGAGCUCAAGAAGUUUGAGGCGUUUCAGAGGCAGGUACAGGAGUGUCUGACCCAGCUGGAGCUAAUCAAUAAGCAGUAUCGAAGGCUGGCACGUGAGAACCGCACAGACUCAUCCUGCCAUCUACGACAAAUGGUGCAUGAUGGGAACCGACGCUGGGAUGUACUACAGAGGAGAGUAGCUGCCAUCUUGCGCAGACUCAAGCAUUUUAUUGGUCAGCGAGAGGAGUUUGAAACAGCCCGAGAUUGUAUUCUGGUAUGGCUGACUGAGAUGGACCUGCAGCUCACCAACAUCGAGCAUUUCUCAGAGUGUGACGUUCAGGCCAAGAUCAAACAACUAAAGGCGUUCCAGCAGGAGAUCAGUCUCAACAUGGGGAAGAUGGAGAGUGUGUUUGGGCAGGGGGAGGUGCUGAUGGAGAAGAGUGAGCCUCUGGAUGCUGCUGUCAUAGAGGAGGAGUUGGAUGAGCUGCAAAGAUACUGUAGGGAGGUGUUUGGUCGGGUGGAGCGCUACUACCGGAAACUCACACGCCUGCCACUAACCGAUGAUGAGUGUGAAGGCUCAGAUCGUGAAUUCGAGUCAGGUGACCUCUCAGACCUUCAGUGGGGUGAGGAUGGUACCAUGUCCCAGACAUCUAGCAGACCAUCUUCAGCUGGCACUGCUCCUGUUCGUACAAACGGCUCCGGCCGGGACACCCCUGCCAGUGUAGACUCCAUCCCUCUGGAAUGGGACCAUGACUAUGACCUGGACCCCAUGGGCCAUACCAUGUCUGCACAACGGGGCAGACAAAAAGAUGAGGAUGAGGAGUUACUGUGUUUGGCCACUGCAGCACUUACAGAUGUAGUGAUUCCUGAGAGCCCUGAAGCUUAUAUAAAAUUAACAGAAAACACAUUGAGGUCCUCCUCUGGUAGAACCAUGCCUUACAUGGGCUAUAUGAGGCUAAUGGAUGAUUGCCGUGGCAGUCUGAAAGCGGUCAGGAGGGUUGAGGGGGAGCUGGAGGAGGAAGAGGACAACCUGUCAGGCCUGAGUAACCCUGAUAACACAGAGACACAGAGCACAGGUGUCAUUGAGCGUUGGGAGCUGAUCCAGGCCCAGUCUGCUGAUUCAGAUCACAAAGAGAGAGAAGACCUGGUGCUAUUGCAAAAGAUGACCUCUGACCUGGACACCAUGGAGGCGUGGCUCAGCCAGGCCGAGGCGGAGUUAGAAGAACUGAGAGGGAAAAAUCUUAGUGCAGAUAUACACACUAUUGAGCAGAGAAUUAGAAAACUCAAGGAGUUACAGAAGGCAAUGGAUUCCCAUAAAUCCAAAUUACUGUCCAUCAACUUAAAUAGUGUCACACUACUCCAGUCAGACUCUGAGGAGAGCCAGGAUCUCAAAGCGAAACUGAAGGAGAUGAACUCACGCUGGGAUCGACUGGGAAAAUCACUUAAGGAUUGGAGAACAGCACUUCAGGAUGCUCUGAUGCAGUGUCAGGAGUUUCAUGAGCUGAGUCAUGGUCUUCUUCUCUGGCUGGAAAACAUCGACCGUCGGAGAAAUGAGAUUAUCCCAAUUGCAUCAGGGCUAGAUCGGCAUACACUUCAAGCUCAUUACAGAGCACUAAAGCAAAUCCAGCGGGAGCUGUUGGAGACUGAGCAGAAGGUGGACAGUCUGCAGGAGCUCUCAGGACAGCUGCUGGUGCAGGCACAUGGCAGCGAGUGUCUGGAGGCCCAGGAGAGAGUGCACGUCAUCGGGAACCGUCUGCGCCUGCUCCUGAAAGCUGUGGCCACCGACCUGGAACUGCUAGAAAAAGAGCUCCAGGCUUCUGGGAACAGACAGGACGCGUCCCUCUGGUCCGUUACGGAUGACGCAGAUACUUCUGGAUCGGUCAGUCCUGUUUCAGAGGUCAGCAUUUCCACUAGACGACAAUCGCUACGAGGCAAAUGUAGUGUGUCAGAACCAGGAUCCUCAGCCAGACUUCCACGUCACAGGUUGCCCAGCGCUUCUGGCUGCGUUUCGUCUCGCUCUGGUUCCUCCGGUUCACAAGGUGGCGCUGCUGUGGCUCGCUGCCAGCCCUUUCUGCUGCGAGUGCUCCGGGUGGCUCUGCCACUGCAGCUCCUACUGCUGCUCAUAGUGGGCCUGACCUGUCUGGUGCCCAUGACUGAGCAGGAUUACAGUUGUGCAAACGCGAACAAUUUUGCCCGGUCUUUUCAUCCCAUGCUCCGCUACACCAACGGCCCACCGCCUGUAUGAGCGGAGGAGACUUUACUAAUGCAUUCAUCUGCUUCAUAUUACACUGCAGGACACAGAAUGGACUAGUGUUAGCCAAAGCGGAUUGUUCCUGUUCCUGUACAGUUCAUGCUGCUAAUUUCAUUUUUCACUAAACAGUGUACUAUUGAACUCAUUGCAAUGUAGACUAGUGUUGGACAGCAAAACUGGUUAACCGUUUCUGUCCCAAGGAAACUGAAGAAAAACUAUGAAAUCGUAUAUAAUUAUGUACUUAAUAGCACUGACAUAAGCAUAAGGUACUGCACUUAUACCGUCCAAGAAUAUUGCCAAAAUGAUUUGCUUAGGCUGAGGAAAGUGUUUUAUUUUUAUUUUUGUAUUAUUUAAAAUUGUAGAAAAAAGUUAUUUUGAAUA